AUGUCGAUGGAAGGUAAAGAGAGAGUAAUUUUGACAAUUAUUAUGAUGCUAUGGUGGGGUGCGGGGAAUUGUACGGCGUUCGAUUCAACAGUUGCACAAGAUGGUUCUGGCGAUUACAAAACAAUUACCGAAGCAGUAAUUGCAGCACCGAAAAUGAGUACAAAAACAUACUUCAUACAUGUCAAAAAAGGAACUUACAAUGAAAACGUCACUAUUCCGAAUGAGAAACCAAAUAUAGCCCUUGUUGGCGAUGAAGUAUACGGCAGUGGUUUUAUUGGGAUUUCGUUGACAAUCAGAAAUACUGCUGGACCAGAAGGUGGUCAAGCAGCUGCAUUAACAAUUGCUCCUUUUAAAGGCUUUACUUCAUUUUAUCAAUGUAGUUUUUUGGGUUACCAGGAUACAAUAUUUUCCUCAGAUACUUCAUUUUUCAGAGAGUGUUUGAUAUUUGGUACAAUCGAUUUUAUCACUGGCAGCGGACGUGCUGUAUUUCAAAAUUGUCGUCUUAAAGCAAGGCCACCAAUACAUGGACAAGGAGUGAGAAUACUUGCUCCAGGGGAAGAUUACAACAAUUACUUUUUGUAA